CGAUCAACAAAGUGAGAAAGUGAAACAGCGAAAAAGUAAGAAAGACUGUUAUUUCUAAAUAGUACCAAAAAAGAUUGCUUGGUACAAACCAAUUAGAAUUUGGACACCCACAUAAAGUACUUCAAAUAUAAUUAUUAAAAAAAAGUCGGACAAUAAAAAUGAGACGAACGCGGCCCCACUUACAAACACCAUCAUCACCAAGUACUGCCUCGCCACAACGCGUAAGACAACGCAGAACAUUGACACCGCCGCUGGAGCCACAAGAUGAGCUACUUACAAUUGAAUUAUCUGAAAAUUCCCAACCAGCUUCACCUCCUGAUGUAAUUGAAACUGUGACGCUUUCAAGUGAUAUAUCAGUUCCUACAGUUACUAUCGAUUCUGAAGAAUCAUUAACGGUUCCAGAUGUAACUGAAAUUGUGGAAAUAACACAUGAAGUCGAAGAUAAUUCUAACCCACCACUCGCGGAUCGUGAGUUAUCACCCAUUUACAUAUCAAGUGACUCUGACUGCUUGACAGAGGAGCUAGAGGUGCCAAAUCAGCCGAAAGAAGAUGCGCCGAUUGGAAAAAGACGAGGUAGCAUGUAUUCAGAACGCGUUUGGCAACCGCAUAGUCCGUACAAGUUGUACAAGAAAAAGAAAAUGUCAUCGCCCAGAGAACGUGCGCAAAGUGAAGAUAGAACUGUGUCGGGUGAAGGUAGUCAUAAGAAAAUAUCGGCUGUUUUAAAGAGAGCAAAAAGUGAAGAAAGCAUAUUUAAUGUCAGCCAAAACGCAGUAGCAACACCGAUAGCUGAAAGUGGAACAAGUGGCGACAGAACAAUUCCAAGAUCUGCGUUGUCCACUGUGGCUGAACCAGAACCGAAAAAUUCAUCAGUUCCAACAGAGCAAGAGCGUACAGGAAAUAACUCCGAAACAUCUCUCAUAAAAAGUGACUCAAAUCAGUUGGAAAAUUCAGACGCUACACCGGCUAGUGAAAGGACCUCACCUAAACCUUCUUCCUCCCCAAAUAAAGACAAAUCACCAGAAAAUUAUUGUAAUAACCAUAAAAAAUCGUCAGUUAACAAAAAGAAAGUGAAAAGUCCUGAUAAAAACAAAGAGACGUUGGUUACUAAAGAGGCUCAAAACAGAGGACCCAACCAGUCAAAUAACGAUGCUGAAGCUACAGAAAAUGAAUCUAAUGAGCCAAAAACUCCGUCCGCUUCAGAAGAAACAAAAAAGUCAGAUGGUGACACCAAACUCCCCGAAAAACCAACGACGUCCACGGAAACUGAAAGAGAAGGAAUUGACAAUCCACUAGAACAAAGACCUUCGGACUCAACGCUGGCGGAUGAUGCAAGUAUUGAGCACAGUCCACCGGAAACAUCUUUAGUGCAAACACCUCAGAGAACAUCUGUUGUUAAGGUAAUUAACGUCACAAUGCCACGAAUAAGAGACCGCCGUCAUCUUAUAAGACUAUCUCCAGAAGUUGCCGCCAGAAUCAACCGGCAACCACUCUACCAACCUCAAUCGCUAACGUCUCGCUUAUUGAAAACAGUUGCCGUGCAAACUCUUAUGAAUUGGUAUCAUAUAAUGCCAUUGCAUAGAGAGGCUGCUGCCUGCAGUUUAAAUGAGCUCGUUAGCGUUGCAGUACAGUAUGAAAGACAUGUGUUGAGACAGAGGGCAGAACAGAAUUUACCUACACAUAACUCGGAGCCACUAAUUAUACAUUUGAAUGCAGUUGCACCAGAAAUAUCGACGACAACGACCUCAAGAUCAGUAGAGACCGAUCUACGUUGGUUCGAAUUAGUGCCUAUAUUAGCGAGCCCUGGACGACGAUUUCUCGUUAGGGUAACCUUACCUAGAGCAAGAGCCGCUAAUGCACAAACCCCUGGAAAUAGCCUAACUAAUGGACCCAACACAUGCAGGGAAAUUGUUAGCGCUCAAGCAGAGCAAACGACGCCAAACAGAGUGGAACUGGUCACAACGGCAACACAAUACGAUAUCCAAACAGACACAUCAGCGGUGGAUACAAAUGAGACAGAAAAUCGACUACGUACCAACACAGUGGUGGGUACGGAAGAUUCAGAAAACCAAAUAGUUACAGCGGCAACGCAAAUUCAACCGAUAAGCACGGAAACACAGUCUACAACAUGCGACAUGCCGGAAAGAGUGAAUACGGCCACGCAGUAUGAUCCCCCACCGUUAGAGCCCGCGACGAGUACACAAACUGCGAUUGAAGCUGCCGGUGGUGAAGUCAGUACGCUUUCGACAUUAUGUCGCAUGGCUAUGUUAGCGCCACAGUCCACACAUACUCCAGUCCAACCCGCUGGCUUUGAGGUUAAUACCUUAUCUGCUUUGUGUCGCUCAGCGUUGUUGGAGAAUGUUUCAAUGCAUGAUUCAAGUCAAACUAUUGCUGUUGAAGUUAAUACACCAGCUACACUAACGGAUUCGACGGCGCAACCGACAAACGAGCAAUUCUCACAAAGGGAACCGCCACAGGAGAUAAAGGAAGAAAAUGAUUUGAAUGCCGUUGGCACGGAUGAAGAUCAUGAUAUUAAUGAUAACAAUAAUCAUUUCAAUCAAUUCCCUGUGGAUGUUAAAGUUGAAGUUGAUGGAAUGCUAAGCCCCAUAUCUUUGGCUGAUUCGGACGAAAACAUAAAGCCAUCUCUUAUGUGUACGGAAACAGUUGAUAGUCCAAAUACGAACUGUAAUUUAUAUAAAAGAAAAUUUCUUGCGAAAAUUCUGCUAAACAGUGUAAUAACAGUGUCUUCAGAAUCAGCACAAGACCCCUUCGACUUACCGAUACGGCCAGAAGACUACGAUGAGAAUGCGCCGGUAUUUGAUGAUGAAGUCAAGAUUACAAAUACCAGUGUAAAUCUAAAUACUGAUGCAGAUUUGGAUAUGGGUCCUUCAACAUCGCAGCGUGCUCUACAAACACUGAAUGAAUUAAAUACAGACGAUAGAUGGCAAUACAGACCCAACAUAUCGGCAAGGCGACGCAGUGUCAGUUUGUCACCAAACAUUGAGUUGGCGAUCUAUCAAGAAAUUGAGGACAGAAUGAAUGCAAAUAACGCAACUAUUGUUUCCAGCUCGAGUCCAAUUGAGCUCGAGGGUGGCAAUGUGCCCACGACUUCGUAUACUGAGACGCACUUUCACUCAUAUAGUAAACCUGAAUCGCAUGAACCUUUACCACGCACUCCAACACAACUUUUAGCUUGCGUGCCAUUGGACAGGUUGUUGCGACCAGUUGGUACCAGGGAGCGACGACACUCUGAGCCCAUGUGCGUGAUUCAUACAACAAAUAUUGCAACGGAGCGACAGAACACAGCGGUAACUGCACAACUCAGCGCUGUGGGUAGCUCCUCACCAUUAACACAAAUAGUGGUGAGCUCUCAAUCGGACGACGACUCAUCUAUAGAAGAUAACACUGUUGCGGAUAUGGCAAUUCAUGCUCAAAGUGAAAACAGCCACAAUUUGUACACAUAUUUCGCUGAAUUGGAUCCCAACAUAAUUUGGUCGUGUUACUUUCUGAGACGGUCCGUUAAUAUUACGAUGACAACGCGUCUGAUUUCGGGGAGGUCCACAAUCGGAGAAUGGCUGCACGAAUAUCUACAUAUUUCUGGAUUUUGUACACUCCAAGCAUUUCAGCAUAAUAUUGAAGCCGUAGCUAAUGAUGAUGAUAAAAUGAUAACGUUCGUCUACUUUUUACCAUGCAGUGCAAAGUUUAUUGGCGGUUAUGAAACGACUUUUAGAAUGUUGCAUGACGCCUUGAAAGAGUCUAAAGUGGCAAGAUUGAAAAGUGACUACAUGAAUGUUUAUUUAUAUCCACUUGAGACGGGCGCAUUGUUCCGCUAUGGCAUACAGUUGAAAGAAUUGAAUGAUUUUUUGGAUAAUGCGCAGAGACCAAAUCUUUUACUGGGUGUAAUAUUUCAUAAUAGAGAUCUGCCGGAUUUGCCGGAUUCGCGUUUUCCUCAUCUCUCUGACGGCACAGUAGAACGUGCAACGCUCGAAUUGAGAAAUUGCGCGGGUAUCGACAACAAUGAAAACGAGGUGACCAGCCAAUCGAGCACUGAGGAAACUGCAAAUGACAGCGAGGGGACCAACCAAUCAAGCACUGAGGAAACUGUACAUGACAGCGAGGUGAUCAACCUCGCUGAUGAAACUGGUAAUUCCGAGGUAAAUAACCAAUCGAGCACUGAGGAAACUGCAAAUGACAGCGAGGGGACCAACCAAUCAAGCACUGAGGAAACUGUACAUGACAGCGAGGUGAUCAACCUCGCUGAUGAAACUGGUAAUUCCGAGGUAAAUAACCAAUCGAGCACUGAGGAAACUGUACAUGACAGCGAGGUGAGCAACCAACCGAACACUGAAGAUGCUGUACUCGACACCGAGGUGAUCAACCCACCAAACACUGAAGAUACUGCACACGACACCGAGGUGAUCAACCAACCGAGCACUGAGGAUACUACACACGACACCGCGGUGAUCAACCAACCGAGCACUGAGGAUACUGUACACGACACCGCGGUGAUCAACCAAUCGAGCACUGUGGAAACUACAUACGACACCGAGGUGAACAAUCAACCGAACACGGAGGAAACUGUACUCGACUCCACACUCGGGCAGACGUCGUUCGAGUCUACAACGUCAUCACAACGUUCUCCCGAACUAGCCUAUGAUGGUGAUAUUUCACAAUCUGUAGAUGGACUGUCACAUACGGAUGAUACGCCGGUCAAGCGCCUGCAUAACGGCAAUGGAUUUUUCCAGGAAAAUUCACCAGCCGACAGCGCUGAUACCAACAAUCAUCUCAAUAAAGGCAACGCGCCGAAAAGAAAACCACAGCUGUCUAGCACGUCAACAUCUUCUCCGCCGACUACAGAAAUUACUGAUCAGUCGAUUAGGGAUGAAGAUGUUUCACGUCGUAAGGCAAGCACAAAACGUAAUCAACCUCUGAAGAAGCGCAAGAAGAGAGUAGUCUCAUUAUCAACAUCAUCUUCAUCAUCACCCUUCAACAGGUGUGAUAGAUUGAACGUGAAACAGCGUGAGAAUAGUUCAUUAACUACCGCUUCGGUAAUGGCACACACAAGUUCAUUUGAUGAGGGAACUUUGAGAAAUGGAACUGAACACCGAUACGUCCAUAACUCAAGCGGCUCAUGUGAUGUCGAUGAAAAUGAAACCCUACGCACAGGGGGUACUGACGAGGGUUGUUCUAAUAGAGGAGAUUGGGGAAGUGACCCUGACACGGAUAAUAUAUCUUACGUCGAUCUUUCAGACACAACAAGUACUACUGAUGGAAGUACAAAGAAGGAAUGUACCACAGAUGAAGAUUCGAAAAAGUCUGCAGUACAGAAGAGGUGCUCAAACAAUUCAAGCUCAUCUACUGAAACCGAGUCAAAAUAUGAAAAAAGUCCACUACAAUUUACGUCUACCGAUACUGGUUCGAUAGAUGUUGAUAUAACAGGUAUAGACUCCACAUCUCUUGAAGGUAAUGCGGGAAGCGAAAAUGAGGAAACUCCAAGUUAUGAUGUGAAAUCAAGAUCUUCUAGUGCCCACAGUGUGAGUGAACGACCCGAGUAUGAAAGACAAUCAAGAGGGUCCGGAUAUUCGGAUGAUACUACUAGAGAAACAGGCACUACAGGCAGUAUAUUGGGUGUAGAAGGCAGUAGUAGUAGGAGGAACUUAUUUGAUUCCUCUACAGAUUCCACCUCAUCAACUGCACACGAUAAUACGGAAAAGAAGAGCACAGAUGACAUGAACAAAACUUCUUCUCGUGAUUUAGGUGCUAAAAGUAGAAGCAAGAGUGAAGAAGAGUUAAGACCUCACAAAAAAAGUACCAGAGAAACCACAUCAGACACUGAGUCAACACAGGGCAAUAGAACAACAACUAAGUCUAAUAUAAAAAAGCCACAGCCCGAUAGAGAUACAGAAAAUAAUGAGAACGUGCGGUCAUCUCGCUCCAGCUUAUCAGGGGAGAGUAGUUCAAAAGAUAGUAGCACUACACAAACAUCUCGAUCUACCUAUGGUAGUAGUACAAUGGAAAUUGUGCGUAGUAUUGACAGUGCUGCUCUUAAGCUCCAUUUUUCAGAUACAAAUUCAAAUCAUACUGAACCCAAAGCAAAUGUGGAAAGUGGUGAAACGUCAACUGAUUCGGAUGCAUCAGUAAAGACAGCUAUGAGGGCAGCUCAGACAGAGGACAGCACAGAUAAUAACGAAAAUGACAAAGGCGAAAGUCAGACUAUUAAAGACUCAAAUAGUAAUAAAAGUACUAUGAGUGGUGAAAGGAAGGAAGGAAGUACCGAAAAUACUUCAUCAGGAACUGAAUCCUCUGAUAAAAAUACAACAAUAUCGACUAGUACUGAGGAAGAGAAAUCAAAAUAUUCUGAAAACAAAAGGAAUGUUUUGAAAAAAGAAGAUGAGACUUCUAAAGAAAGUUAUGAAACACAAACUCAGAAUAAUAAUAAUGAAAGUGUUAAUGUUGGAGAUACACCAAAUAUAGAAGAGGACCAUUUUGUUCUACGGAUAGAAUCAUCCGAUGAGAGUUCAAAUGAAGGUUUUAAAGAAGUAGAUAAGAAAAGGGAAGUGGAAACUGAGGCAGGGUCUACAACUUCAGUUGAAGAGAAUGAAGGUCAACCUAUUGAAGGAGGCCAGAACUUUUCAAAUGAACAGCCCCGAGCCACUGCAGGACUAACUGACUCGCCGAGUGCUGGAGCCUUGCAGGGAUUCCCAGAAGUAACAAGAAGUACACAAGUGGAAAUCUCUAUUUCCAAGAUAUCGGUAGACGUUGCUUCAACUUCGAGCAAAACAGCUUCCAAUACACAACCAUCUCCGAAUGGCGCGUCAAAAGAUCCCAUUUUUCGGGAACCUACCGAAUGCAUUAGUCCUCUUCGCACCAGAAGCAGAAACACCGGUUUUUUCAAACUUUUCCCGUUGGAUUCACAAGCAAAUCAAGCGACUUACUGGCCUUUUCCACAUGCAGAGGGAGAGCUGCACAGCUACGUAGAUUCCCUGGAUGCAGAGACUGCACAAGCGAUGAAUGGUACAGAAAGUGCACAGCAAGUGGAGGAAAUAUGUUUGCAUGAAGAGCAUACUCGUAAUAAUGGCGAAACGCCAGAAACAAUCAAUGAGGAAGCAACAAGGAACGGCGCUAUUGAGACACCAAUUUCGCACAGUAGUAAUGGACAACCUUGUAGCGAAAGGAACACGGACGACGCUAACGAAGUUGACUUGCAUCAGUCGGAUGCAUUGGAAACUCUUGCAGAUUGGACUAGGCAGGCUACAAAUGACUUGGUUGAUCCCUAUGAAAGCGUAGAUUUGCUUUCAGAAGAGAGUUCAAAUGAAGAAACAGACAACACACAAGUGACAGAAAAUUCACAAGCUGCUAUUGUACCAAGAGAGCCAGCUAAUGGUAAUGGUAAUGGUAACGGUAACGGUAACGGUAAGGCUCGAAGCGAGUCAGACGAUGAAGACUCAUAAAAGUGGGUGUCCACAUAUAGCAUAUUUAAGCUCAUCUUAUCAAUACAAAAGAAUAUUUUAAUGAUAUUUUAACAAAAACAAUCACAAAAUGUUUUAUGUGUUUUAACUGUUCUUAUGUAAGUUGAUAUGUUUUAUGUUCGUUUAUUUGUCAUAAGAACACAAAUGUAUCUCAUUGAUUACUCCUGUAUUAAUUGUAUUAAGAAAAAUUAUAAAAUAAACAUCUAAAAACCUGUUAUCAGGUUGGACAAGCAAUUUAUCGUUUUUGUUU